GUCUUGUGGAUACAGAUCAGCUGUCAGAGUUUUGUCCCUUCUUCAGGCACCAACGCAGGUAACAUUGACAGGAUGGAACGGUCAAUGUGGACAAGAAUCUUCCAAAAUAAAGCAAGGAAUCUUCAACAAGGAGACACCUGGCGUCUGGAGUUUGAUGACAGUCUUGUGCCUCACAGCCCGAACCCAGGCUGGGAGCAGUACAUCAGGAACACAGUUGCAUGGUUCAAAUGCACCGUGUGUAGAAGAGGCUGGCCUUCCAACCGAGUGAUGGUGGUCUUCCACAUGCGCCUGUCCAACGGGCAGGGCAUUGUCAAGGUGAGGCGCUUCCGUCAGAACUGCAAGAUGUGCACCAAUGCUCCAAUGGAAAUGCCCGACAUCGAGUCUGAGAACAUCCACAUCCUUCUGGAGAAUCUGGUGGAGAAGAUAAGAAUGAAAUGCUACCAUGAAGACCUGGGCAGAGUGAACAGGCCUUUUGUAAACCUGGAAGUCAAGAGUCCCCAUGAGCCUGCUCAUUGUGAGGCCUGUAAGCAAGGCAUCUGUGCAAGGAGUUAAACUUGUGUAACUUUUUAGUCAGCCUUCUAUUAAUUGAAAGAAAAAUUGAUAUUUGUCUCAGACUGUCUUUAUUCUUGAAGGUUUUUUAAUUUUAUUAAGAGUUUCAAUUAAGUUAUAUGCCUGUAGCUCAUAUUAGCAAAGUAUGUAAGCUUUUAUAUUCAUUCUUAUUGUCAGUUUUCUUUGUCUGCUCAAUGACUUAAACAUCACUUUUUAAAAACAGAAAUGUAACAGAUAAAUAAAGAUUAUGCAA